AUGGAGUCAUGCAGUUCCUUCUUCUUGCCGCGGAUGGUGGGCUACAGUAAUGCGACGUACCUCCUCGCCACUGGAAAACGGUUCCCAGCAGACUCCAAAGUGCUGGAUGGUCUCUUCGCAGAACUCCUGCCCAAACCGGAAGAUGUGUUCCCUCGCGCUGUCGAACUGGCUGGAGACAUUCUGCAAAACGUAAGCCCGAUGGCUAUCCAUCUCAAUCGACAGCUGAUAUGGCGGAAUGGCGGGUCUGCCGAAGCUGCUCAUCUCACGGACAGUCCGCUACUGGCAGAUAUGUUUGGCGGGAAUGAUCAUGCUGCAUUCAAAGCUGCUUUCUUCAAGAAGCAACUUCCGAACUUCCAGGAUUCAUUGACCAGAAACGCCCCGAGGAUAUAUCCGUGGUGGGAGGAGGUCUCGAUUAAGUCGCCGCCUCAAGGCGUGUCGAGCAAUUUGAGCAAGCUGUAG